AUGUCUGAUAUUGCAAGUGGAUUACCAUCACCAUGGAUAGUUAAGUAUAGUAAAACCAAAAAAAGAGAAUAUUAUUUCAACCCAGAAACUAAGGAAUCUCAUUGGGAACCUCCAAGUGGUACCGACUAUGUUAGAUUAAAAGAUUAUUUAAGGGAACAUCCAGUAAGGAUCAGAUGUUUACAUAUUCUAAUUAAACAUCGUGAUAGUAGAAGACCAUCUUCCCAUCAUAACCCUCAUAUUACUAUUACCAAAGCAGAAGCUGCUAAAGAAUUAGAAAGGUAUAGGGAUGCUAUUUUCAAUAAAGGUGCUAGCUUUGAAGAAAUUGCUAGAGAAAGAAGUGAUUGUAACUCUUAUAAAAGAGGUGGUGACUUGGGGUUUUUUGGUAGAGGCGAGAUGCAACCAGAUUUUGAGAAGGCUGCUUUUGCUUUGAAAGUGGGUGAGAUUAGUGGAAUUGUGGAUACUGAAAGUGGUCUUCACUUAAUCAAGAGAAUUGCAUAA